AAUCUGAAGUUCCAGCACAUUCCUAGCAGUUUGAUUUUGAAGCGGUGGACAAGGGCAGCGAAAACUGGAGGGAACUUUUCUUUUGAAGUUCCGUCUACUGAUAGUCCAUCGAAAUACCGUUCUCGUCUUUUCAAUCUGUCAGCUGUUUCUGCAUCAAUGAUCAGCAGGGUUGCAUUGGAUGAUGAUUUGUAUAAAUCAGCCAUUGUCUUCAUGACUGAUUUGAUCAAAAAGUGUGAAGCCCUAUCGAUUACUGAACCUGCUGGAACAAGCACGUCUUCUAACGGUGACAAUGAUGUACCGGUCCAAAAAGUGAAGGGGUUUAAGCCUAAAAAAGAUUCAUUCAAGCCUUCGAAACGACCAAUUCCAGUUGCGGAGGCUGCAAGGGCUGUAAGUAAGAAGAAGAGAAAAACUAGCAGGCUUGAGGAG